AUGGCAUCUGCCGACCAGUUAGCUGCGCAGAUCCAGGCAUCGAAGGGUCUCUGUGUCUCGCCCGCGUGGGUGAACAAUUUUCUUGCAUCCAACGCGCAGCGCAAUAUCCCCGCGUCGGCACUCACCAAGACUGCUAUUUUCCGUAUCCUCGCCUCGGAUAUACGCGAGUCCCUUUCUCCCAAUCCUACGUCGGUCUUCCCCGCGAAUAUUUUCGACCCCAAUAUUCGUGAGAGACACCUCCAAGGCCCAAUCCCGGUACAGGUGCUCGACAUCGAGGACAUUGGAGCCAGCCUGUGGAGUCAAGUCGAGGCCAUUGAGCGCGUAGAGCGCGGCGAAGCGAUUCGUGGUCGCGAGAUCGUUCGGACUAUCUCUGUAGGCGAGGACCAAGAAGCUGCAGACAACAAUUCCACGGCAAACUACACAACAGGAGCGCUGAACACGCCGGGGAGUGGUGGAGGUCCACAUCGGCUGGUUCUACAAGACGCGAAUGGUCAGCGGGCCGUGGCCGUGGAGAUGCAUAACAUAGAAGGAUUAUCUAUCGAGAAGCUGUCUAUCGGAGCGAAGCUUGUACUUCGUAAUGCUUUGGUAGCACGGGGUAUGAUUCUACUCCAUCCAGCGUGCGCCACAUUACUUGGGGGCAAGAUCGAAGCCCUGGAUCGACCGUGGAAGGAAGGGAGAAAGGCCAGGAUCUUAGAACGAAUCUCUGCAGUCGGAGCAGAAGCCUCUUGA